CAACAGAUGAAGAAGAAGAGGGGGGACUUGCCGGAAUGUGGAUAGGGAGAGAAACAACAGUAAAGUAGCAGCGCAGCACAUGGCGCAUUGUGUUGGUUUGUUUUGAACAUUUUACAUUAGGAAGGAAAAAGUGACAGAAUGGCCGGACUCGAGCUGCUGUCCGAUCAGGGGUACCGGCUGGACGGGCGGAAGGCAACCGAGCUGCGGAAGUUGCAGGCCCGUAUGGGAGUUUUCGGCCAGGCGGAUGGAUCUGCGUACCUGGAGCAGGGGAACACGAAGGCGCUCGCGGUGGUUUACGGACCACAUGAGGUUCGAGGGUCCAGAAGUAAAUCCCUUCACGACCGUGCGGUCAUUAACUGUCAGUACAGCAUGGCCACAUUCAGCACGGCAGAGAGGAAACGACGACCGCACGGCGAUCGCAAGUCCAGCGAGAUGAGCCUUCACCUGAAACAGACCUUCGAAGCUGCCGUCCUUACCCAGCUCUACCCACGCUCCCAGAUAGACAUCUAUGUUAAGAUCCUCCAGUCAGAUGGUGGAAACUACAGUGCGUGUGUUAAUGCAGCUACUCUGGCCCUGGUAGACGCUGGCAUCCCCAUGCGCGAUUAUGUGUGUGCCUGUACGGCUGGCUUUGUCGAGGACACGCCGCUGGCUGACCUGUGCCACGCUGAGGAAAGUGGCGGCGGAACCACGCUGUCCCUGGCGCUGCUGCCUCGGCGUGAGAAUAUCGCACUUGUGCAGAUGGAUGCUCGUCUCCACCAGGACCACCUGCCAGCGCUGAUGGAGGCUGCGACAGUCGCCUGUAAGGGUCUUAGCAAAGUGCUGGACAGUGUUGUGCGCCAACACCUGCAGGAAGUUUCUGUGCAGACGCGAGAGUGAGGAGUCCUGUUGUAGUAGCUUACAUUUGUUUGUUUUGCCUGAUGCUGACUGACCAGGAGACCCCGAUGUCUAAAACACAGGUGUUUAAAGAGACAUGAUGCAGAAUGUCGGAGGUUACAUUGGAGCUCUUUAAUAAUAUCGUAAAAUUUUGUAUUUUAUACACAGUUAAUUGUCAUUAGAUGAGUAAUGGAAUAAAGGAUAAAUUAAGCAAA